CAGAGAUAUGGGAAUUUUCACAAUGCUCUCUACGCCACUCCGCCUCAUUUUCCUCUUCCUCUGCCUUAAAACUGCCUUUUCAUCCUCUUUACAUGCUUCUUCCUUCUCAACGACACACCUCUGCUCUCAUGAGGAGGCUGCUGCUUUGUUGCAAUUCAAGACUUCCUUUUCCAUCGAUUACACUGUUUGUGAUACUAAAGCUAAUUAUUCUAAGACUGACUCUUUGAAGGAAGGUAUAGACUGCUGCUCCUGGGAUGGUGUUAGCUGUGAUAAUGUCACAGGUCGUGUAAUUGCCCUUGAUCUCAGCUUCGAUUGCCUUUCUGGCACUUUUCCUUCGAGCAGCACUCUUUUUCUCCUCAAAAACCUAGACAGCCUCAAUCUUGCCUUCAAUGAUUUUAGGCUUUCCAAGAUUCCAUCGGAAAUCAGUCAGUUUACUAGACUAAAGCAUCUUGAUAUCUCUUAUUCUCAAUUUUCGGGCCAAGUUCCAGCAGAAAUUGCUCACCUCCCCAAGUUAGUUUCUCUCAAUCUCUCUAAUGACUUUUAUGAUGAUUCUCUUGAAUUGAUCCUUGAAACAACUACCUUCAGAAAUCUUGUUCACAACUUGAGUGAGGUGAGAGAACUUGUGCUUAGUGGAGUGAACAUGAUAUCUGUUAAUCCUCGUUUCUUCAUGAAUCUCUCUUCUUCAUUGACUACUCUUGAUCUUUUCGAGUGUGUGUUAAGAGGAAACUUUCCAAACAGUAUUUUCCGCUUUCCAAAUCUCAAGAAUUUUUAUUUAACUGGAAACGGAAACCUCGCUAUUGAUCUUCCAAGUUCCAAUUUGAGCAGUCCUCUCCAAUGGUUGUAUUUAGGUGAUAUGGAUUGCGGAAGGCAAUUGCGAGAGUCUAUUGGAGAUCUAAAGUCAUUACAGUCUUUGAGCCUUCACUGCAACUUAGAAGGUUCCAUUCCAGCUUCCAUAGGGAACUUAUCUCAACUUACUUACUUAAGCCUCUCUUAUAACAAUCUUAGCGGACUCUCAUCAUCACUUGCAAACCUCACCCAACUUACCUCUCUUGACCUUUCCAAAAAUCAAUUUUCUGGUCUCAUUCCAGCUUCCAUAAGUAACUUAAGGCAUCUCACCCAACUUACCUCUCUUGACCUUUCCAAUAAUCAGUUUUCUGGUCCCAUUCCAGCUUCCAUAGGUAACUUAUCUCAACUAACUGUCCUAAGCCUCCUCUCUAACAAUUUUAACGGACAAAUCCCAUCAUCAAUUGCAAACCUCACCCAACUUGCCUAUCUUUUCCUUUCCCAUAAUCAGUUUUCUGGUCCCUUUCCAGCUUCCAUAAGUAACUUAAGGCACCUCACCCAACUUACCUCUCUUGACCUUUCCAAUAAUCAGUUUUCUGGUCCCAUUCCAGCUUCCAUAAGUAACUUAAGGCAACUUACUUUCUUAGCCCUCUGUUCUAACAAUCUUUGCAAACAAAUCCCCUCAUCACUUGCAAACCUCACCCAACUUACCUCUCUGUUCCUUUUCGAGAAUCAGUUUUCUAGUCCCAUUCCAGCUUCCAUAGGUAACUUAUCUCAACUAACUGACCUAAGCCUCUCUUCUAACAUCUUUAACGGGCAAAUCCCAUCAUCACUUGCAAACCUCACCCAACUUACCUCUCUUGACCUUUCCAAUAAUCAGGCCAAUUACUUUGAUGGAAAUAUACCAUUUGGGUUUCCAAAGGGCUGUGGAUUACAAAAUCUCAACUUACAUGGAAAUCAAAUGGACAGCUUAUUACCAAGGUCUUCGGUGAAUUGUCGCAUGUUAGAGGUUCUAGACAUUGGCAACAACAACAUAAGUGAUACAUUCCCUCAUUGGUUGGAAUCUCUACCAGACCUUCAAGUGCUUGUCUUAAGGUCCAACAAGUUCCAUGGUUCUGUGCAGAGCACCAAAGAAAGUCCAUCUUUUCCCAAGUUACGAGUUCUAGACCUCUCCAACAAUGAUUUUCUUGGUCCUUUGCCUAUUCGGUACAUGGAAAAUUUUAAAGUGAUGAUGGACCCUCAUGGAGAGGAUGGUUCCCCUGAAUACACGAAGGUGUCGACAGGAGCCAAUUCUUAUCAAUAUUCACUGGUUGUGACAUGGAAGGGAAUACAAUUUCAACAGGAUCAAGAUCCAAGUACAAUGAUCUGGGUGGUGACCAAGGUGAGGGGAGCGCUUGUGGCGGAGGGAGUGGUGAAUGCAGGGUACGAAGUGGUUGAGCAGUCUAUCUGCAUUCUUCUCAAUGGUAGAGACUUCUAUAACUACACUGUGGCCAUGGAAGAUUCUGUUUUUCUCACUAGGACGGUCAAUAUUGGAGCGACUGCUUUAGUUACUGAUGCAGCAAUAGCAAUAUUUGGAGAAGCUGGUGUUAGGGUAGCAAUUGGAGUAAUGACUCUAUUUGGUAUUUUGCUUCUUACUGAGAUCACUCCAAAAACUAUAGCUGUUCACAAUCCCAUAGAGGUGGCUAGAUUUGGGGUCAGGCCAGUAGCAUGGCUUUCCUUGAUACCAUAUCCAGUGGGAAGAAUUGUUACUUAUUUAUCAAUGGGAAUUCUUAAAUUACGUGGUCUAAAAGGGAAAAGGUGGGGUAGAGUUGAGUGGAGCAAUAGAGGAGGAAGAGCAGAUUCAAUGUCAGUGUGGAAUCUUCUUAGAGAAUUCCAGAUCAGAAAGGUUCACAUGGCUGUUGUUCUUAAUGGAUAUGGUGGAACUGUUGGGGAACAUCAGUAUGAGACACUAUCUGGUUUUGUAUGCGAAGUAUUUGGAUACAUCCCUAGGGCUGGUGAGCCCAUCAAAGUUGUCCUCAAAAGGGAUAAUCGAGAUGAUGAUGAUAAGCAUGAUGGAGAUGGAUUUGAUCAUCAAGAUUUGAAGGAAAGGCAUCAAAUAUAUAGACUUGAGGUAGGGUCAAAGCACUGAAUGGAUUUCAGUAAAAAACCUUAGAAAGAAAAUAAACGUAGCUAGCAAUCAUGCAGUCUCUUGACUCUCUUCCACAUGUAACUUUCUGAAAUCAAUGCUAUUAUGCGGGCAUGCAUUUGUUCAUAUAGAAAUCUGCUUUUAUAUUGUUCAUCCUAUGAGAUGCUUCAUUUGGUGGCUUAGUUUGCUAAAUGAAACUUAGCAAUUGAU